GUCUCAUUUGGUUUUACCCGUGCCUCCCUUAUAGCUACCAUUAGUCCAUUCCCAAAGCCUUCCUUUGUCUCUCUCUCUCUCUCUCUCUCUACAAAUAUAUACGCAGCACCAUAUCUCAUCGUCUUCAACCAAAACCCCACUACAUCCCUCUCUCUUUCUGAAUCUCUUCCUUACUUCUCAUCCCUUCAAUCCAAUCCAAUCCAAUCCAAUUCAAUUCAAUUCAAUUGAAUUUAACCCGCAAUCCCAAUAAUCAGAUUCACCUCCAACGCAAUUGAUUUCGAUCCAAUAACCUUUCGCUCCUCGAUCUAUAAUUCCUAAAUUAAAUGUUCUUCGAUUUAAUUUCGGUUUUUGAUACUCGAUAAUCGAUCGGAUUGGAUCCGAAUCGGACCCUGAACGCGUUGCUGGAGAUGGGAAGGGCGGGUGAAUGAGAAUUCUAUGACUGCUUGAACCAAAUAUGCCCGGCUUACCUCAGAGAAAUGACCAAUUCUGUAAUGGGUCGUCGCCCAUUUACUCCCUCUCUUCGCCCAACGGCUUUUGGUCCAAGCAUCGCGAUGAUGUUAGCUACAAUCAGCUCCAGAAGUUUUGGAGUGAGUUGUCGCCACAAGCUCGGCAGAAGCUUCUCAUAAUUGACAAGCAAACUCUUUUUGAGCAAGCUCGUAAGAACAUGUACUGCUCUCGGUGCAAUGGGUUAUUGCUUGAAGGAUUUUUGCAGAUUGUCAUGUAUGGAAAGUCUUUGAAGCAGGAGGGAACAGAUGGGCAAAUAUCCUGCAACAGAUCAAGAGCCUCAAAAAAUCAUAAGGAUGGUGGGUCAAGUAUUACUAAUGGGUGUCAUGAUGAAAUCCCAGAUCCAUCUGUCCAUCCUUGGGGUGGUCUGACGAUAACACGUGAAGGGUCAUUGACACUCAUUGAUUGCUAUUUGUAUUGCAAGUCUCUCAAGGGACUUCAAAAUGUGUUUGACAGUGCGCGUGCAAGGGAACGAGAACGUGAAUUGCUUUAUCCUGAUGCCUGUGGUGGGGGAGGUCGGGGUUGGAUAAGCCAAGGAAUGGCAAGUUAUGGAAGAGGUCAUGGAACAAGAGAAACAUGUGCAUUGCACACUGCCAGGCUUUCUUGCGAUACAUUGGUGGAUUUUUGGUCAGCACUUGGAGAAGAAACUCGGCAGUCUCUUCUUAGGAUGAAGGAAGAGGAUUUUAUUGAGAGGCUUAUGUACAGGUUUGACAGCAAGAGAUUUUGCAGAGAUUGCAGAAGGAAUGUAAUCCGUGAGUUCAAGGAGCUAAAGGAGCUGAAGCGCUUGCGGAGGGAACCUCGAUGCACUAAUUGGUUUUGUGUUGCAGAUUCCGCCUUUCAGUAUGAGGUAUCCGAUGGCACAGUCCAAGCUGACUGGCGCCAUACUUUUGCCGAUACCGUCGGGACUUACCAUCACUUUGAAUGGGCAGUUGGAACAGGCGAGGGAAAAUCUGACAUUCUGGAAUUUGAAAAUGUUGGCAUGAAUGGAAGUGUUAAGGUCAAUGGCCUUGAUCUUGGUGGUUUAAGUGCAUGCUUUAUCACCCUGAGGGCUUGGAAACUAGAUGGUCGCUGCACUGAGCUUUCUGUAAAAGCUCAUGCGUUGAAGGGUCAACAAUGUGUUCACUGUAGGCUUAUAGUUGGAGAUGGCUAUGUAACAAUCACAAGAGGAGAAACUGUCAGAAGGUUUUUUGAGCAUGCUGAAGAGGCAGAGGAAGAAGAGGAUGAUGAUUCCAUGGACAAGGAUGGAAAUGAGCUGGAUGGAGAAUGCUCCCGUCCGCAAAAACAUGCGAAGAGUCCUGAACUUGCUCGUGAAUUUCUUCUAGAUGCUGCAACUGUUAUUUUCAAGGAGCAGGUGGAAAAGGCAUUUAGAGAAGGAACAGCUCGCCAAAAUGCACAUAGCAUCUUUGUUUGUCUUGCACUAAAGCUGCUGGAAGAACGAGUUCAUGUUGCUUGUAAAGAUAUAAUUACUCUUGAAAAGCAGAUGAAGCUUCUGGAAGAGGAAGAAAAAGAAAAGCGCGAGGAAGAAGAACGCAAAGAGAGGAGAAGGACAAAAGAAAGAGAGAAAAAGCUACGAAGAAAGGAGAGGUUGAAAGGGAAAGAAAAGGAUAAAGAUAAGAAAUGUUCUGAAGCAAAUCAAACUCUUGAUCUUCACGAUGUCUCAAAGGAAGAAUCAUCAUCACUAAUUGCUGAUGAGGAGCCUAAUAGUUCCAUUAGCUGCAAGGAUUCAGUUAGUGAAGCUGGUGAUGAUAUUCUGUCUAGACCUGGAUCUCCUGACACUCCAGAUGAACAGUUCCAAAAUGAUUAUAUUAUUUCAAAAAUUGAAGAUCCUUGUUAUGAUAGUUUUGAUGGUGAAAUUAGCAAUGGGAAAAGUGGUACGGGUUCUUUUAUAGCUGAACAAUCAAAGUUUUCUCGACGGAGAUUGAAAUUUAGGAGAGAAGUUCAACUUGAUGCAUCUUUGAAGUGGUCUGACAGGCGCCGAUAUGCUGCUGUUUCAGAUAGUGCUUCUGUGGUUAAUAGAUCUGAGUCGAGAUGUAAUGGUGAUAAUUUGGAGACUUCCUCAAGGGGCAUCAAUGGAUCAAACAGGCAAUUAAGAGUGAAUGGCCCAAAGUCCAAUGGUCGGCAUAGUGGUCCUAAGUUUACUGAGAAGUUCCUCUCCCCCAGCAACCGGAUGAGUGACAGAUAUGACUUCCAUUCUUGCAACUGUAACAAAAAUACUGAAUAUAGAGCAAAGGUAGAACCCCAUGUUUCUGCUGCCAGAGUGGGCUGGGAGACCAAAACUGCAAGUAAGUCGGAAUCUGCAUUAGAUAUUUCUAAGCAAUUCUAUCGUGGUAACAGGUAUAACCAAGUAGAACACAUGCGUGAUAGUUGUGCAAGACCCAAAAACAAAGUCAAUUCAGGGGACAAUCCUGGUACAGAUUUGCCUCAACCCAGGAAAAUUUGGGAGCCCGUAGAGCCAACGAAAAAGUAUCCUCGAAGUAACUCAGACUCUGAUGUUACCUUGAGGUCAUCUGCUUUCAAGUCUGAAGAUAAAAACAUGAAGUCAUCUGGUGACAUAUGUACAGGUGAUAUUGUGGAAAAUUCAGGUGAAGUUGAUGAAGUUAAUAAUUUGAAGGAAUUAAGAAAAUCCAGCAUAGGAAUGGAUGUCAGUUGUCAGAACGGAUUUCAUGCAGGAGCACAGGAUUCUAUUGACACUGCAUUGAAUGGAAUUUCUGACUCCACAGUCGGCAGCAGUUCUAAUUCUGAUAACUGCUCAUCAUGCCUCAGUGAGGGAGACAGCAAUACAACCUCGUCAAAUCAUGGAAAUCAGGAAUCUUCUUCCACUUCAGAUUCAGAAGAUGCCAGCCAGAAAUCAGGAGGAAAAGAAACUUCUUUAUCCAUUCAAAAUGGAUUCCCAGAGUGCCAUAGUAUGGAGAAUAAUCUGGAUGCAAAGAGAGGGGAGUCUAUGGAAAGCAGGGCACUGAGUGGCCCUUCACUGAAUGGAGCAGGGAGUAACAUUCUUGGGAAUCCAUCAACAAAUAUUGCUCAGAGACUUGAUAAUGGUUUGUCUGCUAUUAGUGUGGGUUCUCAGCAUCAUGGCAUGCUUACUCCAAUGCAUAACCAAAAUGUACACUUUCCCUUAUUUCAAGCUCCUUCAAUGGGUUACUAUCACCAAAGUUCAGUUUCAUGGCCUGCUGCCCCAAACAGUGGAAUGAUGUCUUUUCCUCAUCCCAACCACUAUCUAUAUGCUGGCCCUCUUGGGUAUGGUAUGAAUGGAAACUCAGGCUUCUGCAUGCCGUAUAGUCCUGUGCAGCAUGUACCCACUCCCUUGUUUACCCCUGGCCCAGUUCCAAUUUAUCCAGCCAUCAAUACAGAGGAGCAGACUCAAAUUUCUAACCCAGGUGUGCAAGAAUCUCUUUAUGAAGCUAAUACAGAGAGUGUGGAUCCAUCUGGACCGUAUUCAAUGCAAGAACCGGCAAGUGGAGAACGAGCACAAGACGAUAAUUCUGGCAGAUUGCAUACGAGUAAUGAUAGCUUUUCCUUAUUCCAUUAUGGUGGCCCUCUUGCUGAUCCUCCAGGAUGUAACUCAAAUCUUAUGCCGUUGGAAGAACAGACUGUUGGGGAUUUUCCACAAAAAUGUUCAGAUCAUGUUGAGAAUGAUCAUCAUGCGUGCAAUAAGAAAGAGGCUACUAUCGAAGAAUACAACCUGUUUGCAGCAAGUAAUGGCAUAAGGUUUUCAUUCUUCUGAUGUAGUUGUAAGAAGGUGUGAGGUGGCUGUUCAGGAAUUCAGUCUCUAUCUUCUUAUUUGGUGAUGAAGGUUUGUGGUACCUGGUAUAUGGUACACAAUAAUCUUCCUUUGAAAAAUUCCAAUUUUAGCUCAUAGUAUUUUUUUUCCUCUUUAGUUAUCCAAGUUGUCCCAUCGUUUUUUUUGUCUAUUAUAGAGAAGGGAGAGUGCUACUAUGUUUGAAGAUUCUGUAGAGGCCAGGUUUUGUUUUUUCUUUUUUACUUUUAUUAAAUGAAGAAUUUAUUGGUAUGGAAAUUUUCUUUUUGUAUUUCAGAGCUGAAACAGUCCCAUCUGUUGUACUUGUUUUAGGAUUUUGAGCCUCCUAAAACAUUGUCAGUUAAUUAAUUGAAAUUUAUUGGCUGAUGAAAAUAAUGGGGCUUAUGAGGAA